AUGACGUCCUUACCUCCCUUGACUGGCAUCCGGGUUCUCGAGUUCGCCGGGUUAGCUCCAGGGCCCUUUGCCGGCCUCCUGCUAGCCGACUACGGCGCCACCGUCCUCCGCAUCGACCGCUCUCAUCCCUCCGCCCACGGCCCACACCCUCCCCCUCCUACAGCCGACGUCCUCACUCGCCGCAAGAGCAGCAUAGCCAUUGACCUCAAGUCCCCCUCUGGCAUCGCCCUCAUAAAGUCCCUGAUACCCAGCGUCGAUGUAGUCAUCGACCCAUUCCGGCCUGGCGUCCUCGAAAAGCUCGGCCUCUGCCCCUCGUCCGUUCUGCUGAAGCUGAAUCCGCGCCUCGUUGUCGGGCGCAUGACGGGAUUCCGCCGAGAUGGGAAGUACGCACAGAUGGCGGGACAUGAUAUAAAUUAUAUCGCGGUCUCGGGUGUGCUAUCGCUGUUGGGUAGGAAAGGGGAGAAGCCGUAUGCGCCGGGAAACAUUAUCGGUGACUUUGCCGGCGGAGGAGCAAUGUGCUUUUUGGGGAUUUUGCUGGCACUGCUGGGAAGGAACACGUCUGGGAGGGGACAGGUCGUCGAGGCGAAUAUGGUGGAUGGGAGCAGCUAUCUGGCAACAAUGCCGAGGUUGAGUUUGAAGAGGCCGAUAUGGGAGAAGGAGAGAGGAGAAAACAUGUUGGACGGUGGUAGUCCUUUCUACGAUACCUAUGAGACAGAGGACGGAAAAUACAUGGCCGUUGGUGCACUGGAGCCGCACUUCUUCGCGUUCUUACUGAAAGGUCUCGGGUUGUCUGAAGCUGACCUCCCGGGAUCACGCGAUGAUCGCAGUACUUGGCCAGCUCUCCGUGAGCUCUUCGGGAGAAGAUUCAAGACGAAGACGCGCUCUCAGUGGGAACAGAUCUUUGAUGGCACGGAUGCAUGUUGUACACCGGUCUUGACGAAUGACGAGCUGGAAAAGAGCGGCUUCGAUCAGCGGCCGGCGACGACGCUGAAAGAUUCGCCGGGAUUCGCGAUUGGUGGUCGGUGGAUGGAGAGGGGCCUGAGUCCGGGAGUGGGUGGAGAGGAGUUGCUGGGACGGUGGAUGGGAUGGAGAAGGGGCAGCCAGUACGAUGUUGAAAACGGUGGGCUCAUCUUACGUGACGUGACAAGAUCGAAGUUAUGA